UGCUAUUCAGAUGUCCUUCUGCGUCACUGAGAACAUAAGAAAUGACUUUUUCUUUGUUUUCCUCUAAGAUUUAUCGUCGCAGACAGACUUGAUUAAUAUUUUAGAAGGAGGAAAUUGUAAUCCCAACGCAGACAUGGACGUAACAAGAGGAGGAGUGGGGUGCCAAAACAAUCUGAUCAGUCUCCACUGCUCUUAAGCUUGAAUAUGAAGUUGCUACACAUGUUAUAUUAUCAAUAAGCUGUAAAAACUUUUUUUUAGCUCUAUCAGCUUUCCUGCAGGUCGACUGGGUCUCCUGCCAUUCAAGCUCUGGUGCAGUGCACAUUUCAUUUCCGACCCCUGCUCAGUUUUCCUGAAACUGGACGCCGGGGCUGAUGAAUAAAACAUCCUUUGUAUGGUGCUGGCUGAUCACCGGAGCCCUUUCAGCUGUAUAAGUGGUGAAAGGCGACAUAAUCUUCCUCAGAACAAGAUCUAGACUGAGAUUGAGAGCGAGAGAGAGAGAGAGAGAGACCCACACACACAGACAGGGAAAGGACCACAAAAUGCCUUGGGGAGCAGCAUGUUAAAUCCACAGCAGCACGCUGAGCUUCUCCUGCGUGACACGCUGCCGGUGUUUGGGAAGCCGUGGUUCUGGCAGCGCAGAAGCAGCACCAUGGAGAGCACCCGCAGCCUGGCGCAGGUCAUCAUGGAGAUGCGCGAUGAUAUCAAGAAGCUGGAGGUGGAGAACCAAGAGCUGAGGGGAGACUACGGUCCGAGAGCAUUUGGGGCCAAGUCCGGGGAGGAGAGCCGGGUGUCUUCAGCACUUGAGAACCCAUAUAUGAACCUGAGACGAAACGUGUCUGCACCGGUCCUGGAGGGACAAUACAAGGAGAACACUGUCAUGACUGUCCGGCGGUACUCCAUAAGCUCCAACCUGUCUGGGGUGACACUGAGAGAGGGGAGGACCGACAGGGUGCGGCGGGUUGAGAAUGGAUGGAGAAGGCUACAAGAACAAAUCCAGCACGGGAACGGCGUCUUUGGUAACCCAGUGAGAGAAGUGGGAAAAGUGACCAACAGACACUCCCUGCAGGAAUAUGUCCACAAAAACAGGGCCAAGGUUAAAACUGUCACCUUCCUUCUACCCGUGGACGACAUCUACACUAACCGUCCAGUUCUGACCAAACACCGGGAGGAGUCUAAAACUUCUGAGCUUGCCUCCAUAAUGGAGACAGAUUCUUGAAUGUACUUUGUGUCCCAUGGGACAAAGUGCAGACAUGAACUAACCCUCUCCAUCUAGGUCAGUGUCGACUGGGCUCUUGAUGAGCGGGCCGGCCGGCCGAUUUUAUCACACCUGACCACACAGACAGAAGACUCUGGUUACAGGGGUUGUUUUCAUCAGGCCAUGGCGAUCGACACAGGGCCAACGAUGAUGAGACACGGGGGCCCUCUGCAGCGAGGAUCAGGUGUCCGGCCUCCUCUUCCCAACCCGGGGUUGUCGCUUUGGAGUGAGACACACACCUGUAGGUGACAGCCCUUUCACAGACUGUUGUGGUGACUCAGGCCUCGUGAGCAGCAUCAGACUCAUGGUUUAUUCAUUCUUGUUUCUUUUCGUGUUGAAAACUGAAAUGGGUUGUCAAGGGGCCACGUACCUGUGACCUGUUUCUUUUCAGUGUUCAUAAAGAGUGUAUUUAUUUAUUUUUAGUCCAAAUAGUAUUUGCUCUCCUAAAUAGAAGGCUCCCUGUAAAUAAACUCAAUAAUAUAAUGUUUGGCCUAUAUAAAAAAUAGUCAUUGUAAACUAUAACCUGUAACAUUAAUAUUGUUUUCUCUGCUAGGGAGGGUUUGUUUAUUGGUUUGUUUGUUUGCUUAAUACUUUUCUUAUUGGGAGUCAGUAACUUACAGAAUAAAUGGAUUUGAUAGAAAAUACCAAUGUGUUUAAUCAAAAUACAGAUAAUGUUCUUUCAAUGUGAUCCAAAGCGUCACAUGUAUACUGAAGGGAAACGUUGACAUUGCAAAGAAUCCAUGUUAUCCAUGUUAUCCAUGUGGGAGGAGUUUUACAUACAUCAGUAUUAAAUGCUCUUUUCAUUGUUUAGAAAAAUGACGUGUUCUUCUUUUUGACAUUCAGAGUUGUAAUACAGAACAUUAUUUUAACUCAUUUCAUUUAAUCCAGAUGAUAGCGUUUCGUCUCUGAGUGAAAGGGAUUUCCAGUUUUACUGCUGGCCACAUUGGACUGAACAGCAACAGCUGCUGGUCACUGAGAAACCAGGAAAGCCUCAUGCUUCUUCUUCCAAGUUCUCUCCAGCUCCUCCAGCUGGUUGACAACUUACAUUGUCCUCUCACAGUUGAAGAAAUCUUCUGCAACACU